GAGAGUUGGAGACGUUCCAGAAAGACGGCGAGCGCCGGAUUCAGAGCCGGCAGCAGCUUCCGGUUGGAACGACGUGGGGGCCCUUUGCUGGGAAGAUGGAUCUGAAUAAUAACACCUUGAAGACAAAGGCUGCAGUCCCCAUGGUGCUGACGGCUGGCCCCAAGUGGUUGCUGGAUGUGACUUGGCAAGGAGUAGAAGACAACAAAAACAACUGCAUUGUGUACAGCAAAGCUGGACUAAAGUUGUGUCAACGGGAGACUUGCACCAUAAAGACUGAAAUGUUAAAGAAAGCUACAAGGAACAGCUUUGAGGCAAGGUUUCAAGCUUUGUCAUCACGCUUGAAGAAUUUUCUGUUUAAUGUACUGUAAUGCAGUAUUCAAUGGGGACAAGUUUAAUUGAGUUUUACACAACCCAGUUGGGAGUAGCGCUGCAAGGUAGGUGAUGUCUAGGUUUUUAAUCUUCCACUCCAGAGAGGCUUGUUGACGAAGUGGUUCUUUCUCUUUGUAAGAAAAAAGGGAAGCAUGAGAAAUGAUACAUCCGUGGAUAAAACCAAUUGGCAACCCCCAAAGGAAUGAGGGCGAUAAGGCGAAUCCAGCACUUGUAAGAAAUAAAAGAAUCCAACUGUUCAUUUAAAUGAGAAACAACACAUGUGACU